GCGGAAGCUGUCAGUGGCCCUAAUAAACCCAACAAAGAAACACUCAACAAGAAGUAUUAUUCAUACGGUGUCAGUGGCCCUAAAAACACUGGGACGAAGAAGUUAUUGUUUUCUGGGUUGUGUGUGUCUAGGGUACACCUGUUAUCAUGGCCCAGGGGCCCAGGUAUGCCCAGUUCGUGGCCAGGACAGUGCUGGUGCGCAAUAAUAAUGUCGAGGAGGGAAUGAAAAUAAUUAACAGGAUCAUGGGCAAAGAAGGUCUUUUUGAACGCUACAGGCUAACUCGGUAUUAUGAGAAACCUUUUCAGACCCGUCGCCGCAUCAACUUUGAAAAGGCCAAGGCAAUUUAUAAUGAAGAUAUGAAGAAGAUUCAGUUUGUCAUGAGGAAAAACAGAUUAGAUCCUUGGAUUGGGUGUGCAUAAAAUAUCAGUUGCAAACUGUGUAGUGUAAUAAAUGUAUUUCUCAAUAUAAUGUUAAUAAAAUUUGAAUGUA